UAUAAGACAACAUAUUCUCUUUUAGGAAAGUACAAUGCAAAGUUCGAAUUCAAUGACAUUGAUGCGCCAACGAAGCAUGUGGUUGCUGAAAUGCAAACGCUUAACAAAAGCAUAUUCUUCUUAUAUAUAAAGGCCUAACUUUUCCAUCUGUAAAUAUCCACUUCCCCUCUCUCGAAAAAUGGCGACUCCUUCCUCCUCCACAACCGUCUUCCGACUCCGCCCUCAAACACACGGUCACCAUUUGCCCCCUCACAUCAUUGAACGUCACCGACGCGUGCUCGCUGGGAUACUGCACAAACGCUUCUUGAUUGACCGAUGGAGGCGGAACGUCGUCAUGGCCACUGAACCAGAGUCGAGAGAGAGGCCAACCUAUCAGAGCCGCUUAAGGGAACAAUUUUGGCAGUUGCGUGACGCUCUCCCUGCUCCUUUGAAGCCCAAGGCAGCGGAUAGGGUAGCUAUCAUGGAAAAUGCCAUGUACUAUAUCGUCGGUCUCAAAAACGCGCUGCAUGUCAUUCAAGGGAGGCCCAUGGAGAGCCUCCCAGCAUAUAUCCCUCACGAACUCCAAGGAGCCUCGCUUACACAACAGCGAACGUAUCACGAAAACUGUACGAUACGGAUGCUCUGCCAAGUGGUCGGGGGACUUUCAGGCGUCGAGAGUAAAAUACAACUCCUUGAACAAGCGACGACGUACAUCCGCAGUCUUGAGGAACAGUAUCAGCGCCUUCAACUGGAAAAAGAUGCCAGCCGGCGACUUCCUCAACCCAUCACGCCUUCGUCUUCAUCAAGUUCCGAAUUCUCUUCACCUUGCCCAUCCACACCAGAGGGACAGACGGAGAUGAUGGAUGUUGAUGAUUAUUCGUCCGAGUCGUCAGACCGACUUCCGUCCAUCUACGACAUAUUACGGGAAAAGCCUCCCCUUGACGGUCUUCAGCUGCCUCCGCUGAGAAUGCUGUCUCUCUGUGACUAAUAGCCCCCCGACGCGCGUCAUUCCUUCAUAAUUUAUCGGCUCAUAUCCAGUAGCAUUGUACUUUUUACGCAUACUUCCAUCCAAAUUUCGCAUAUUCCAAGUGUAGCUAGAUUGUUCACCACAAUACCACAAUUUCAUGAGGAUUUCGAUCUAAUCAUUCC